AUAGAAAUUGAAAACAGGAACACCAACUAGUGAACUAGGUACCGAGUGAUCGGAUCGGCUAAAGUAAAAUAAUAAAUAAACUAAUAUAUACGCUAUUUUUUAAAUUUCCAACAAAUUGUCCUUUAUUAUUGAAUUAAAAUUCACAGAAUUUCAUGUAGAGCUACCAAAAAAUAAACAGUGAGUUCUUACUUUUUAUAGAAUAACAGAUACAGUUACUUUCAAUUUACAUAUUAAUAACUAAACUCAACAUUAAAGUAAUGGGUAAAUUGAUUUAUGUUGUUACUUUGUAUACCUUCUGCAGUUUUGUAUUAGUAACUGCAAAAAAAUAUGAAGACAAAGAAAAACCAUCUUGGGCAAAAAAAGAUAUUCGAGAUUUCACCGACGCUGAUAUGGAAAGGCUUUUUGACCAGUGGGAGGAAGAUGAGGAACCAUUACCUGAGGAUGAAUUACCAGAACAUCUGAGAAAACCUCCAGUUAUUGAUAUGACUAAAUUGGACAUGUCAAACCCAGAAGAAGUACUUCAACAAACAAAGAAGGGACAGACACUUAUGAUGUUUGUUACAGUCGCCAAUAAACCUUCACGUGCCCGAACUGAAGAAUUAACAAAGAUAUGGCAAACUGGCCUUUGGAGCAAUCACAUUCAGGCUGAACGGUAUCUUAUUGAUGAUGAUAGAGCUAUAUUUAUGUUCAAAGAUGGUUCUCAAGCUUGGACGGCAAAGGAAUACUUUUUGGAACAAAAUGAAUUAAAGAAUGUCCAGCUAGAGUCACAGACAUAUGAAGGAAAGAACCCUGAUGUUAAGAACACAGCUUUAAGAGAUGAGUUGUAGGCCUGAAUAAGAGAAAUUUGUACAGUUUUACAUAAGGUAAAUAAAUAAAAGACUUGAGGAAAAAA